CGACCCCUCGUGCUUCUCUAUGUGUAGUUCCUUUUGUGACAAAUACAUGUGCCUGUUCCUUACAACUUAAUAAUCCAAAUGCAUUCAUUUUAUUGGUUUUCCACUUUCAUCACUAUUUUAUUCUCCUUUCUUUCCAAGACAAUAUCUUUCUUUCCUUCACAUUGCUAUUAAACAAAUCAAUCUCUUAAAAGGUAAGAACAUCUUAAAUAUCAUAUCUAACAUUCGUAGUUUUCAAAUGGCACAAUCUUCUUCACACUAUGCUUUACUCAUAUUUGUCAUUGUUGUACUAAGUAUCUUGGUUACUACUUUCAUAUUUAUCACCUACUUGAUUUUUGUGACCAAAUGCUGCUUAAAUUGGCACCCAUUGAGAUGGAUUUCCAUCCUGCCACCUCCACAAAAUGAAGAACCCUUCAUAGCAUUCUCUCCAAGGAUUUGGACUCGCGGCGUCGAUGAAUCCGUCAUCCAAGGAAUACCAACAUUUCAAUUCACAAAAGGAGAAGGUGAUGAUGAUAAUCAUCAAAGUGUAAAGGGUUGUGUUGUUUGUUUGAAUUCUUUCCAAGAACAUGAUAUGCUAAAAGUACUUCCUAACUGCAGCCACCACUUUCACUUGGAUUGCAUUAACAUUUGGCUUCAAACAAAUGCAAACUGCCCUCUUUGUAGAACAAGCAUUUCAGGUAACACACAAUUUCCAAUGAACCGUAUCAUAGCUGCACCAAGCUCUUCUCCACAGGAUUCUCAGUUACUCUCUAACAUGGGUAGUGAUGAAGAUUUUGUGGUCAUUGAAUUAUGGGGAGAUGGAGAGAAUCGGGGAUCACGGUCUCAGGUUCAGCAAGAUCGAAAUGAGUCAAGGGAAAGACUAGAAACGCUGAGUAGAACUCACUCUACAACUAGGAAAACGGAGGAGAAGAAGAAGGCAGUGCAGUUGAAACCAUGGAAGUGCCACCAUGGUACCAUAAUGGAUGAUGAGUGUAUUGAUGUUAGAAAAAAAGAUGAUCAGUUUUCAAUUCAGCCUAUCAGAAGAUCCUUCUCAUUGGAUUCUGCAAGUGAUAGAAAAGCUUAUGUAGAUGUUCAACACAUCAUCCAACAGAAUAAUAGGCAUCAAAAUGAGGAUUGUGGAAUCAACAGUGAGGGCUGUAACUAUGAAGAUUGUAAUAGCAGUAGUAACAGGGGUCGAAGAUCUUUCUUUCCAUUUCGUUAUGGUAGGGUAUAAAAAACUGCAUUACAUCCUCAAGAACAGUGUUUAAUAAUAAAUACGUAUAAUGUAAACUUGUAAUGUGAAGUGAUGUGAUAAUUUGAUUUUGAUUAUUUUUUCUUU